AUGCUCAGAAACAAAAUCGCCGCUGCCUUCACAGCAAUCAGAAACCAUUUGUCAAAGUUCCAAGUCCGUCGAGGUCUCCCGCACAAGACAUCCAAGCCCUCAGCAAUCGACCACAAGACCAAGCCGCCUGCUCACUCUAUCAUUCCGACCAACGUGCUACUACGCUCACUUCUGGUCACCACAAUAUCCUCCAAUUGGAUCCUCCGCGUCCCGUCUUUGUCGAUUCUAAUGUUACUUACGAAAGCAAAAGGUCCUUUGUUCAAUGUGGAUAGAAACCCGUUCAUCCAUGGUUUUCUGAAGAGAACUUUGUAUGACCAUUUUUGUGCGGGUGAGGUGGAAGGUCAAGUGAGAGAUACUAUACGGCAGCUCAAAGAUACAGGACUACGGGGUGUUAUCUUGACAUAUGCCCGGGAGACUACCCGGGAUGACCGCAUAGCAAAACAAAAGGAAGAGAGCAAUGAAAAAGUGGAAGCAUUGGAAAGGGACGAAAUGAUCCAGGCUUGGACAGACGGCGUACUAAGAACAAUAGACAUGAUUGACGAAGGUGACUACCUGGCACUCAAAUUGACUGGAGCCGGCCCCCAAGUCAACCAAGCCUUAACCACCAACACACCCCCACCACCUCAAAUGCUCGAAGCCCUCGACGAAAUCUGCCGCCGCGUCGUACAAAAGAAUGCCCGGAUCCUAAUGGAUGCUGAACAACGCGCCUUCCUCGACGGAAUCUACUCAUGGACCCUCGACCUGAUGCGCAAGUACAACCGAGACGGCAGAACAGUCGUGUACAAUACCUACCAGGCCUACCUGAAAGCUACACCAGACGUUAUCGCGACACACAUGCAGGCAGCCGGGAGCGAAGGGUUCAUUCUCGGUUUGAAAUUGGUUCGCGGGGCAUACAUGGGCUCGGACCCGAGGAAUUUGAUCCAUGAUACUAAAGAGGAGACUGAUACGGCGUAUGAUACUAUCGUGCAGAGUGUGCUGUCCAGACGGUUUAUGGGCUUCGGUGGGGAGAACGCAAAGGCGUUCCCGCCUACGGACCUUUUCCUGGCAUCUCACAACUAUAAAAGUGUCAUGGCCGCUCAUCACCUGCACCAGACUCGGAUGAUCGCGCAACUCCCCACCGUCAAUGUGGAGUACGGACAGUUAAUGGGAAUGGCCGAUGGUGUAAGCUACGGUCUCUUGCAAGUCAAGGGCCACAACAAUAUGUCCCCGGGAGUCUACAAGUGCUUGACGUGGGGAAGUCUGGGAGAAUGUUUGCAGUAUCUCGUGAGGCGGGCAAUGGAGAAUCAGGAUGCAGUGGCACGGACAGAUUCGGAACACCAAGCGUUGAAAGCGGAGGUGAAGAGGAGAUUUCUGGGGGUUUUGCGUGGUUAG